GCGAGCCAGCGAGCGGCGGCCGCGGCCUCCCCUGCUCGCGGCGUGACCCCGGCGUCCCAGCCCGCGGCCCCGCCGGUCCCGGCGCCCGCGCUCCCAGGGGCAGGGAUGCAUCAUGGCCACGCUGGCUUGCCGGGUGCAGUUCUUGGACGACACGGACCCUUUCAACAGCACCAACUUCCCCGAGCCCAGCCGGCCGCCGCUGUUCACGUUUCGCGAGGACCUCGCUCUCGGCACCCAGCUGGCCGGGGUCCACCGGCUGCUGCGGGCGCCGCACAAGCUCGAUGACUGCACGCUGCAGCUCUCCCACAAUGGCGCCUACCUGGACUUGGAGGCCACCCUGGCCGAGCAACGGGACGAGCUGGAAGGCUUCCAGGAUGAUGCUGGGCGGGGCAAGAAGCACAGCAUCAUCCUGAGGACACAGCUGUCUGUGAGGGUCCACGCCUGCAUCGAAAAACUGUACAACUCCAGUGGGCGAGAUUUAAGAAGGGCCCUUUUCUCCCUGAAGCAGAUAUUUCAGGAUGACAAGGAUUUGGUGCACGAAUUUGUGGUGGCUGAAGGUCUGACGUGUUUGAUCAAGGUGGGAGCUGAGGCAGACCAGAAUUAUCAGAACUACAUUCUGAGGGCUUUGGGCCAGAUUAUGUUGUAUGUGGAUGGGAUGAAUGGAGUCAUAACCCACAAUGAAACCAUUCAGUGGCUGUACACGCUCAUUGGGUCAAAGUUCCGGCUGGUGGUGAAGACAGCCCUGAAGCUGCUGCUCGUCUUUGUGGAGUACUCCGAGUCCAAUGCACCUCUUCUGAUCCAGGCUGUCUCUGCUGUGGACACUAAAAGGGGAGUCAAACCCUGGUCAAAUAUCAUGGAAAUCCUGGAGGAAAAAGAUGGGGUCGACACAGAGCUGCUGGUUUAUGCAAUGACUUUAGUGAACAAGACACUGUCGGGAUUGCCAGACCAAGACAGCUUCUACGAUGUGGUGGACUGCCUGGAGGAACUGGGCAUUGCGGCUGUGUCCCAGCGGCACUUGAACAAGAAAGGGACCGACCUAGACUUGGUGGAGCAAUUGAACAUUUAUGAGGUGGCACUGCGGCUGGAGGACGGCGAUGAGACUGCAGAGCCGCCCCCCAGCGGGCGCCGGGACCGGAGGAGGGCCAGCGUGUGUUCCGGUGGUGGCAGCGGCGGCGCGGGCGAGCAGCGGGGCCUGGACCGCAGGCGCAGCCGCAGGCACUCGGUGCAGAGCACCAGCAGUCCCCUGUCGGCCCCCACCAGUCCCUGCUCCCAGUCGGCUCCUGGCUUCAAGCCCAGUCAAGUACGAGAGCACUGUGAAAAGGAAGAGGAGGAGGAGGAAGAGGAGCAGCCAGUCACGGAGCCCAAUUCAGAGGAAGAGAGAGAGGACGAUGCCCCCUGUCAGGGCAAGGACAGCAGAGAGGCCAGACCUGCCUCGGGGCAGAGCCCCGCCAGAAAGGAUGCUGCUCCCGAGACCUCAGCCCUCUCCAGUGCCACCUUGCAGGGAAAACGGCUUCCAGCCAGCACUGCGAUGGGGAGUCCCUUGUGCAGCGGGUCCUCUGGGCCUGCCCUCCUGUCACCGCCCCUGACCCCUGCCCCUACCUCCCAGCCCUCCUCCACUGCACCUGGUCCCCUGAAGGCAUCACCGACCAUAGAAAAGCUGCCCUAUGUGCCCCACAGCCCUUUCCACCUCUUCUCCUAUGACUUUGAAGACUCGCCCUUGUCCGCCAAGGAAAAGGAGGCUGAGUCCCAGAAGGAAAGCAGUCCCUCUGAUUCUCUCCAUUUGAGCACGUAUUCUGCCUCUGAACCUUACAACUUCCGGUCUUUCUCUUCUAAUAGAUACAACAGCCUUGGCAACACCUCUUAUCACUCAAGACCUUCUGGAUCUGCUGUGCCCACCACCCCCACGUCAUCUCUCUCACCCCCACAGGAGGCCAGGCUGGAAAGGUCAUCACUGAGUGGUCUUCUCACAUCAUCCUUUAGGCAGCACCAAGAGUCACUGGCAGCAGAGAGAGAGCGGCGGCGGCAGGAGAGAGAAGAAAGGUUGCAGAGAAUAGAACGGGAAGAAAGGAACAAAUUCAACCGAGAGUAUUUAGACAAAAGAGAGGAGCAAAGACAAGCAAGAGAAGAAAGAUACAAAUACUUGGAGCAGUUGGCAGCUGAGGCGCACGAGAAGGAACUGAGAAGCCGGAGCACGAGCCGGGGCAGAGGUGACCUCUCCUUGGACCUGACCUCCCCGGCAGCCCCUGCCUCCCCCACCCCUCUGCGCCAUAGCCCUCCGUGUCUAGACUCACAAGAGGCUCUCCCAGGAUCUCCCUCCUCUCUAGGAACACCUCCGCAUCCCCAAGGGAGUGCUGGGGAUCCUGAGCCUGGACCGGAGGCAGAGGUGGGGCAGGGCACGGAUGAGGCCAACCCUGAAGUAGCCCCUGCCUGCGUGGGAGCAGAGAGUGACGUGGAGCAAGCACUGGAGCAAGAGCCGGAAGAGCGGGCCUCCCUCAGUGAGAAAGAGAGGCAGAGCGAGGAGGUGAACGAGAAGGACAACUGCUCUGCCUCCAGCAUCUCGUCCUCCAGCAGCACGUUAGAGAGGGAAGAGAAGGAGGAUAAGCUCUCCAGGGACAGGGGAACUGGUUUGUGGUCCACAGGUGUUCAGGAUGCCGGUGUAAAUGAACAGUGUGGCGACAUCCUCACCAACAAAAGGUUCAUGCUGGACAUGCUGUAUGCCCAUAACAGAAAGCCCACGGAUGACGAGGAGAAGGCGGAGGGCGAGAGCGGGAGGACUGAGCCGGGCGCGGAGGCGGUAGCCAGCCUGGCUAGCAGGAUAUCCACGCUGCAGGCCAACUCUCUGGCCCAGGAUGAGAGCGUUAGGAGGAUGGACGUUGGCUGUCUGGACAAUCGGGGCAGCGUGAAAGCCUUCGCUGAGAAAUUCAACAGUGGGGACCUAGGGAGAGGGUCCGUCUCCCCUGAUGCUGAGCCUGAUGACAAGGUCCCAGAGAAAGCAUCCGCACAGCAGAAGACGGAAUCCGACUACAUCUGGGACCAGCUCAUGGCCAACCCGAGGGAGCUUAGAAUCCAAGACAUGGAUUUCACCGACCUGGGGGAGGAGGACGACGUGGACGUCCUGNGCCCACCGCCCCUGCUGGACAGCGUGCCUCCCCCUCCAGUCCCCGGUAAUUUAUUGGCUCCUCCUCCAGUAUUCAACGCUCCUCAGGGCUUAGGGUGGCCCCAGGUCCCCCGGGGUCACCCGGCAUUCACCAAGAAAAAGAAGACCAUCCGUCUCUUCUGGAAUGAAGUGCGGCCGUUCGAGUGGCCAUGUAAGAACAACCGGCGCUGCAGAGAAUUCCUGUGGUCGAAACUGGAACCUAUUAAGGUGGACACGUCAAGGCUGGAGCACCUGUUUGAGUCUAAAUCUAAGGAACUGUCUGUCUCGAAGAAAACUGCUGCCGAUGGAAAAAGGCAGGAGGUCAUCGUCCUGGACCCCAAGAGGAGCAAUGCCAUUAAUAUUGGUCUGACAGUGCUGCCCCCUCCGAGAACGAUUAAGAUAGCCAUUUUGAAUUUUGAUGAAUAUGCCUUAAACAAAGAAGGAAUUGAGAAAAUUCUAACCAUGAUUCCCACCGAAGAAGAGAAGCAGAAGAUCCAGGAGGCGCAGCUGGCCAACCCUGAUGUGCCACUGGGCAGUGCUGAGCAGUUCCUCCUCACUCUCUCCUCCAUCAGCGAGCUCUCGGCUCGGCUCCACCUCUGGGCAUUCAAAAUGGAUUAUGAAACAACAGAAAAGGAAGUGGCAGAACCACUUUUGGAUCUGAAGGAAGGAAUAGACCAGCUGGAGAACAAUAAAACCUUGGGCUUUAUCCUGUCUACUCUCUUAGCCAUUGGGAACUUUCUAAAUGGAACUAAUGCCAAAGCGUUUGAGUUAAGCUACCUCGAGAAGGUUCCAGAAGUCAAAGACACCGUGCACAAGCAGUCGCUUCUCCACCACGUGUGCACCAUGGUGGUAGAAAACUUCCCAGACAGCUCUGAUCUGUACUCGGAGAUCGGGGCCGUCACCAGGUCAGCCAAGGUUGACUUUGAUCAACUUCAGGAUAAUUUAUGUCAGAUGGAGAGAAGAUGCAAAGCUUCAUGGGAUCACCUCAAGGCAAUUGCAAAACAUGAAAUGAAACCAGUUUUAAAACAGCGAAUGUCAGAGUUCCUAAAAGACUGUGCAGAGCGAAUUAUAAUUUUAAAGAUCGUCCAUCGAAGAAUAAUUAACAGGUUCCAUUCCUUUUUGCUCUUCAUGGGUCACCCGCCUUAUGCAAUUCGGGAAGUGAACAUAAACAAAUUCUGCAGGAUCAUUAGUGAAUUUGCACUGGAGUAUCGCACCACCAGGGAAAGGGUUUUGCAGCAGAAACAGAAACGGGCCAACCACAGAGAGAGAAAUAAGACCAGAGGGAAGAUGAUCACCGAUUCCGGCAAGUUCUCCAGCAGCUCUCCAGCACCUCUGAGCCAGCCGCAGGGCCUGAGCUACGCGGAGGAUGCCACGGAGCACGAGAACAUGAAGGCUGUGCUGAAGACCUCGUCGCCCGCCAUGGAAGAUGCCACCCCGGUGCUGGGCAUCCGCACCCGCAGCCGAGCAAGCCGAGGAUCCGCUAGUUCAUGGACUAUGGGAACCGAUGACUCCCCUAACGUUACGGAUGAUGCAGCCGAUGAGAUCAUGGAUCGCAUUGUCAAGUCGGCCACCCAGGUGCCCAGUCAGCGAGUGGUGCCUCGGGAGAGGAAGCGCUCCCGGGCCAACCGGAAGUCUCUGCGAAGGACCCUCAGGAGCGGCCUGACUCCGGAAGAAGCCAGAGCCCUGGGCCUGGUCGGCACCACAGAGUUGCAGCUGUGACACCUGUGGGAACCCUGAGAAGUGUGCCCAAGAGUGCAAAUUCCUGCUGGACAGAGUCCCUCCAGCUGGGGGUGAAGAGACUUGACACUAACAUCCGAAGGUUCUGAAGGGGAGUGUCCAUGUCUAGGUGUCUGCGUGGGGCACACUGGGCACUGAUGGGGCUCUCUCGGCGUCUCCUUCACACACUUCCGUCAUUGUGUCAGCUGUGUUUCUCGUGUUUCCUUGACACCUGGUUUAGUAGUUCCAAAGUGUGACACCUUUUCUGUGCAAGGAGCAGCCCUUUUAUGGAGCGGAUCACUUCGGUCACAGUUACUGUGGGCAUGUGAGGCAGGCUGAUUAGGUUCACAGACUGGGUCUGUCCGCGACACCAAAAUAUCCAGAUGGAAACUCCAAAAUCGUACACAAAAAGAAAGCACAGAUUGUUUACCAGUUGUGGAUUUUAGAUGUACUAAAUGUUUAUAUAAAUUCAUAAAUGUACACCAUGUUUCAAAUACUAAAUAAAUAGAGUUUAAUGCCGUGGCUGGAACUUUUCUUCUCUUGGGCGUAAGGCCUCAAACAGCUCCAAAGGCUCACCUCCUGAAUCAGGGAAACCUUUUCUCAGGUUCGUCAGAAGGACUCUGGCUUGGAAUGGCCUCCAGGCCCUUUGGCUUUCUUGUUGUUGUUUAUUCUUUUGUGUUAAUAGAGUGGGAAGUGCCUGCCAAUGUGCCUUUUGUAACUCCUUAUUAAUUAGGCAUCAGUGUUUUUUGCAGGACCUGUUAGCAUGACCUCAUACAGAUCACCUUAUCCAAGUAUUUUGUUUUGCUCCAUUGUAAUGCUGAUGCAAAAAUUAGAGUAGCAUUUAAAAACUGAAUUGUGCAAC